UCCCGGGCUGCGAAAGGAACUACAUCUCCCGGCAGGCAGCGUCGUCCCUCCUUCCUCCCUGUCCAGGUUCCAGGCCCUGGCAACCGCGUGACGUUGAGGGUACCCGGAGCUGCGGUCACCGCUUCAGUUCUGGUGGACCCAGCCGCCUGGGCGGGAGCCGGGCGACUGCAGUCGUAACAACUCCGGGGCGCGGAAUCUACCCCGCGGCCCUCACCCUUACACCGGUGCGCAGCCGCAGGGCGCGAGCCAGCCGCAGCCUCAGGGCCCAGGGAGGGUCGCGCGCAUGGCCUCCGCGGGCGCGCGGCGGCUCCCAGCCGGGACGCGCACAGCCGCCCGGGGCUGUUGCGGCCUCACGCUCCGCUCUAGCGCGCUCUUGGCCCCGCCCCCCGGCCCUCCGCGACCAAUGAGGUUUCUGAUUUCCUGCAGCCUCCUCUUGCCCCGGGCUGCCCAGGUCUUGACAGCUGAGGCUGGCCUACCUCCCUGUCGUUCCUUCAUGAGUUUUGCAGCCCCUUUCACCAACAAGCGCAAGGCUUACUCAGAGCGGAGGAUUAUGGGGUACUCAAUGCAGGAGAUGUAUGAGGUCGUGUCCAAUGUCCAGGAGUAUCGAGAGUUUGUGCCAUGGUGUAAGAAGUCUCUGGUGGUAUCUAGCCGUAAGGGUCACCUGAAAGCCCAGUUGGAAGUCGGCUUCCCACCUGUCUUGGAGCGCUAUACCUCUGCAGUUUCUAUGGUCAAACCUCACAUGGUCAAGGCUGUUUGCACUGAUGGCAAGCUCUUCAACCAUUUAGAGACUAUUUGGCGAUUCCGCCCUGGUAUUCCUGCCUACCCUCGAACCUGCACUGUGGACUUUUCGAUUACCUUUGAAUUUCGUUCUCUGCUGCACUCCCAGCUGGCCACUAUGUUUUUUGAUGAGGUUGUCAAACAGAAUGUUGCUGCCUUCGAACGCCGGGCGGCCACAAAGUUUGGUCCAGAAACAGUCAUCCCCCGUGAACUGAUGUUCCAUGAGGUGCACCAGACUUGAGGCAAAGGAUUGCUCAUCUAGCCUCCCUUCUAUUUCCCCUUCCUAUGCAAUUAUUUAUUUUGUUUGGCUCCAACUUUGAGAGGGACCUAUGUUCAUAGUACCAUUUCUCCUCUCAGUUUUAUAAAAAGUGGACUCUAUGCUGGCUGAAAAUGUUGUGGAAAAGGCAGGUGAUAUGCAAGUAAGACAUGAAUAGGUCAGGCUUUUCUUUAAAGUUCAGCCUUUUCACAUUCAAUUAGAACCAGGUCUUGUCACUGAGCCCUGUCAGGGCGUUUUAUAAAUGUCUGACCAAGGGAAGAAAGUUAACUUCUUGAAGGCUUAAAUAAACAGAGCUUUCUCUGGUUCAGAGGUUUUGGGUGGUAACUUUUGUUUUACCUUAGAUUCCUCAGGAGACAAGGCAGCCUGCUUCAGUUUGAGUAUUUCCAUGCUGUCUGUCUAGUAGAGAGAGCAGCUCUCCUCAUAACUGCCACAUGGUGGAAAAAGAAGUACUGAACAGAAUUGUCUGAACUAAUGGGUUGCACCUUAUUCUUCCACAUGACAUGAGUUUUUAUAAAAUCUCAAUAAACUGUGACAGUGUGAA